AUGGGGUUGUUCGAACUCGAAACCUUCUUCAAUCUUUUUGGCAUAUCCUUCAAGAUCAUAUUUCUAUACGAAUCGCGAAGGUUCCCGUGGAAUUUUCGGGUAAUCGUUCAAAAAGAUCUCAUCAUUGUUGAUGAUGGAUGCAUUUUUUCUCUGUUAGUUAUAUUGUUGUACUGGACGCCGUCGUCGCCUUCAUCUGACGGCGGGGAUCUCGCCGUCCACCAAUUGAUCCUGGGUCCGCACACAUCCGAUGAUUUCCCUAAUUUCUCAUGCUCGCUGACGCCGAUCUCUCGAGAGAUCCCUCCUCCACCAUCGCUUCAUUUUGAAAAGAAGAAGAAACAGAAGAAGAGAAGGGACACGUGAAAGAGAUGAAGAAGAAAAAGGAUAGAAGAAAAGGGAGAAGAGAUGGAAACGUGAAAAGAAUAAUAAGAGAGAGAAGGAAGAAAGAGAUAAAAGUGAAUGAGAGAGAAUAAUUAAUUAUUAGGUUGAUUGUGGAAUUAGUUUUUUGUAACUUCCCA